AAGUCAUGAAGUUAUACACAGCAUAUCUCUCUGCAUGUAUAUUUCAAGUAUUCAAUAGUUAAACUUGACGCUGUUAUAAGGGGUCAAGAAGUAGUACGUUAGAUUCAGCUUUGUUUGCUUAGUUUGCCAGAGUAAAGUAUUGUAAUUAUGUGUGACGCUAAAGGGAAAAUACAAACAGUUCUGGGAUGCAUAGCUCCCGGGGAUGCCGGCGUCGUUCUCGCUCACGAGCACCUGAGCGCUUGUACGGAGGCGCUCAUGGUCAAAGAAGCGCCUGUACAGUUUCCAGAACUCUGCCGAAAACCUGUGACGGCGGACAUGAGGUGGUGGCUGCUGCAACAUCCGUAUUCUAACUUCGACAAUACUCAUCUCUACGAAGAAAUGGAUGCGGUUGUGGAGGAGAUGAAGUUCUUCAAGGCUAACGGGGGCGGGACAGUGGUGGACAACACGACCCUGGGGAUUCAGAGGGAUGUCAACGCCCAGGUGCGCAUUGCCAAGGAGUCGGGUGUGCACGUAGUUGCUGGUGCCGGCUACUACGUGGAUUCGUCACGCCCUGACACCACGAGUAUGACGGUGGAGGAAAUGGCUGACGUUAUGACGAAGGAGAUAACAGUGGGUUGUUCCGGAAGUGACAUCAAAGCGGGUGUCAUCGGCGAGUUGGGGUGCUCUUGGCCGCUGGCAGAAUCUGAGAGGCGAUGCCUGAUAGCCGCGGCGCACGUCGAGAACGCCACCGGAUGUCCGGUUAUUAUGCAUCCUGGACGAAACUGCCGGGCGCCUUUCGAGAUGGUCCGGGUGUACCAGGAGGCAGGCGGACGGCCGGAGCGGCUCGUGAUGUCACACAUGGAUAGAACGAUAAUCGAGACGUCGGAACUGCUGGAGUUUGCGGCCAUGGGUUGCUAUAUUGAGUAUGAUCUUUUCGGCCUAGAGACGUCAUUCUACCAGUUGUUGCCGGAAAUUGACAUGCCAGGAGACGGGGAGCGCAUCCACAGGAUAAAGACACUCGUGGAGGCGGGGUUUGAAGACAGGAUCACCGUGGCUCACGACAUCCAUACCAAACAUAGACUGAUGAAAUAUGGUGGUCAUGGAUUCUCGCACCUGCUGUUAAGCGUAGUUCCCCGGAUGUUGACGAGAGGGAUUUCCCAAAAUGUUGUGUACAAGCUCUUGAAACAUAAUCCACAAAGUGGCUCACAUUUGCCUAGACUGAAUUGCACUUUAAUUUGCUUUUUGGUGGUGGGGAGGGAGUGGGCGUGAAAAAAACGCUGAACAUUUGUCACCUUAUAUCCUGUUUUUGUUUCUGAAUGAGCUUAUUUUGCACAAUUUUUUGGAAAAUUUCUGUUUUUGUUUCUGAAUGAGCUUAUUUUUGCGCAAAUUUCUGGAAAACAGUGAUAUUAGACUGCCGAAGAUCAGAUGACAGUUGAUCAUAUUAAAGUUCGAAAUGAUGUUUUAUGGUUAAAAGCUUUAUUUACGCCGCAGUUUCAGAGUAAUGACAUUUUCGGCAGUUUGCCAAACAAUGGAGAUAUGUUCUAUAGGGAGUUAGAGAGUGUAGCUUUAAGACAACCAGGUGCAGUGGUUUAACCGUUUUUUGGAAAACUAUUAUAUAAUGUACAUGACUUACAAGAUUAUUCAUUUUAAAUCUCACUGACUUCAAAUUCUAUUGUUUCUAUGUUUUUAUAGUACGUUUUCAAAGUGUUGCUUAGCAAAAUAAAAUAUUUGGACAGGUA